AUGCUCAAACUUAGGCGGGGGCCUCGCCCAUCGCGGCAGUGGCAAGCCCUUCUGCGCCCACUUCUCCGGCUUGAGCAGCGCCCUCAACCCGAGUUUGUUAUACCAAGCCAGCGUGAUCUUCCCCCCCGCCGCGAGCACCUGCGACGCGGCCUCCGGUUCACAUUCCGUUACCUGCACAUCGAUCUUCUCCUGAAAGUGCCCCCCUCUCACCAGCACCACGCCGUCCUUAAUCCUGCCCACGCACCCCGUUUUCCACAGGUCGCGGAUCGUGAUCGUCUUCCCCGUCUCGAUGCGUCCGAUGUCAAUGUAGUGCUGAAUUCGCCCCAGCGUCACCAGCGCCAGCUUCCUCUCGAACGGGUCGAAGUACCGCCUCUUCGGCAGCCGCUUCUGCAAUGGCGUCUGCCCGCCCUCAAACCCUAG